ACUCUUUUAUUAAUCUUCCUGUUUUUUUUUUCCCAAUCGCCGGAAAAUUUUCUCCGGUGACGUUAAAACUUCUCACUCUCCCCCUCUCUUUAAUAAAUCUCUAAAAAAAAAGGUCAGACCUUUUGAUCUUCAAGCGAUUCCCCGUGAAAUGAUCUUGGUGCCCUAUGUAUGGCACCAGCGGUUUUGGCUAACCUAAACGAACCCUUGUUUCAGAGACAAUGCGGCGCCGUUUUUAUGAGGAAACACACUAACCUCUCCGACGAUUUCACCAACCCUAACCCUAAUUCUACCAAACAGCUCUUCCCCGAUGGAGACUACGUUUCCUUCGAUCUCGACUCCUACUCCUCGAAUCAGCUCAGGGAGCUCAAGAAGCGUCUCAAUUUGGAGUUGGAGCAAGUUCGGUUCCUCAAGGAACGGAUCGAAUCAGGCGCUUUCACAACUAGCUUGAACAACGACGAGAUUGGAGUUAAGAAGGCGAACAAGAAGAAGAAGACGGGCCAUGGACGGUUGGAUCUGGAGGCGGAGAAGGCGUUGAGGACGUGCGGUCAGAUCUUGACGAAGCUGAUGAAGCACAAGUGGUCUUGGGUGUUCAACACGCCUGUUGAUGUUUUAGGGUUAGGGCUUCACGACUAUCAUUUGAUAGUUAAGAAGCCUAUGGAUCUUGGCACUGUGAAGACGAAUCUUGAAAAGGGCUUUUAUAGAUCUCCGGUUGAUUUUGCUUCUGAUGUUAGGUUGACUUUCACUAAUGCCUUGGCGUAUAAUCCUAAGGGGCAAGAUGUUUAUAAAAUGGCUGAGAAGCUGUUGAGUCAGUUUGAUGUUUGGUUUCUUCCUACGUUGAAGAAGUUUGAAGCUCAACAGGGUUCGUCUUCUCGCCCUCCUCCUCCUCCUCCUGUUGUGUCUGAAUUUAGCCAGAGAGUGUUGGAGAAUGUAAGGAAAGGACCUGAACAGAUUUCGAUAGCUAAGAAGCUUGAUUCUUUGAAGCCGUUACCUACAUUGCAUCCUCCAGUUGUUGAGCUGCCACGUGUCUUGACUCCUCCUCUGUCACCGGCUAAGCCACCAUCACCACCUCCUCAGCCGGUUGUUAGCAAAGCUGAAACACCGCCUCAACCUCCCCAACCGGUUAACCAAGUGGAAGCAUCUCUUGAGGUGGGAGAAGCGACUAAGGGGAGGAAAGGGAAGUUACCAAAGCCGAAAGCUAAGGAUCCUAACAAGAGAGAGAUGACUAUGGAAGAAAAGGCAAAGCUUGGUGUGAAUCUACAGGAGUUGCCUCCUGAGAAGCUUGGACAGUUGAUUCAGAUUCUUAAGAAGAGAACUACUAAUCUACCUCAAGAUGGAGACGAGAUUGAGUUAGAUAUUGAAGAGUUGGAUAAUGAGACUCUCUGGGAGCUUGAUCGUUUUGUCACUAACUACAAGAAGAUGGCAAGCAAGAUUAAGCGACAAGGGUUCAUUCAGAAUCUGUCAACUCCGACAAGAAAUAUGCCUCCGGUGAUGGAAAUGGGAAGUGCUGAGAAGAGAGUGAGGAAAGGAGGGGAUGGAGGAGAAGAGGAUGUAGACAUUGGGGAAGAUAUACCAAUUGAAGAUUAUCCAUCAGUGGAGAUUGAAAGGGAUGGUACAGCCGCCACUGCUGCUGCAAGUGGUGGGUCUAGUUCUUCUGGCAGCUCCAGUUCUAGUGGUGGCUCUUCUUCUAGUGGGAGUUCAUCUGGAAGUGAUUCAGAUGCUGAUAGUGUGCAAUCACCCUUUGUGGAAGCAAAAGAAGGCCAGUGA